GUGCGCCAUGAGCUUCUUGAUCGACUCCAGCAUCAUGGUGGUCUCUCAGGUGCUGUUCUUUGGAUUUGGAUGGCUAUUCUUCAUGCGCCGGCUUUUUAAAGACUAUGAGGUGCGACAGUAUGUUGUGCAGGUCGUCUUCUCUGUCACAUUUGCUUUUUCUUGCACUAUGUUUGAACUCAUCAUUUUUGAGAUUCUAGGCGUCCUAAACAGCAGCUCCCGGUAUUUUCACUGGAAAUUGAACCUGUGUGUGAUUCUGCUUGUGCUAGUGUUCAUGGUGCCCUUUUACAUUGGCUACUUUGUUGUGAGCAACAUUCGAUUGUUACACAGACACAGACUGCUUUUUGCCUGUGUUGUUUGGUUAACAUUCAUGUAUUUCUUCUGGAAACUGGGAGACCCAUUUCCUAUCCUCAGUCCAAAACAUGGAAUUCUGUCUAUAGAGCAGCUCAUCAGUCGGGUGGGAGUAAUUGGGGUGACCCUCAUGGCUCUGCUGUCUGGAUUUGGUGCCGUCAAUUGCCCAUAUACUUACAUGUCUUACUUUCUCAGGAAUGUGACAGAUGCAGAUAUUCUAGCUCUGGAGCGUCGUCUCCUCCAGACCAUGGAUAUGAUCAUCAGCAAGAAGAAAAGGAUAGCCAUGGUUCACAGAAACAUGUUCCAGAGAGGGGAGGAGCACAACAAGCCCACUGGUUUCUGGGGCAUGAUAAAAAGUGUUACCACCUCUUCCCCAGGCAGUGAAAAUCUGACACUUAUCCAGCAAGAAGUAGAUGCUCUGGAGGAGCUGAGUCGGCAGCUUUUCCUGGAAACGGCUGACUUACAUGCUACCAAGGAAAGAAUAGAAUACUCCAAGACAUUCCAAGGGAAGUAUUUUAACUUCCUGGGCUAUUUUUUCUCCAUCUAUUGUGUUUGGAAAAUUUUUAUGGCAACAAUCAAUAUUGUAUUUGACCGAGUUGGGAAAACUGAUCCCGUCACAAGAGGAAUUGAGAUCACUGUAAAUUAUUUGGGAAUUCAGUUUGAUGUAAAAUUCUGGUCCCAGCAUAUUUCCUUUAUCCUUGUGGGAAUAAUUAUAGUCACCUCAAUCAGGGGUUUAUUGAUAACACUCACAAAGUUUUUCUAUGCUAUCUCCAGCAGCAAGUCCUCCAAUGUCAUAGUUCUGUUACUGGCUCAGAUCAUGGGAAUGUAUUUUGUAUCAUCGGUACUUCUGAUUCGGAUGAGCAUGCCUCUAGAGUAUCGCACUAUAAUUACAGAAGUUCUAGGGGAACUGCAGUUUAACUUCUACCACCGCUGGUUUGAUGUUAUAUUUCUUGUCAGUGCUCUCUCCAGCAUCCUCUUCCUCUACCUAGCACACAAGCAGGCUCCUGAGAAGCAUAUGGCACUGUAAGUCAACCAUGGUUCUCCCGUGGAUAAAA